AUGCUCACACACAGCACUGAGCAGGACAUCAAAUUUUCAGGUGUCAUCAACCCAAGGAAAUCUAUUCUAGUGCCGGUCCCACACAUGACCCACAGCGGCUCAUCUUUACUGCCAAGCCGCUGGUUCCUCACUACCCCCUACCCCUUCUACACUCCCCUUCUUGAGGGAUCCACUCUGCGCUUAUUCCAAUCCAGCCGGCUCAAGGCAUGCUUAGGUUUACCUCCUAAACCGUCCACGAAAAAGAAGGUGGUUCAAGCCAUUGCUGGUUUCAUCAAGUCACAGCAUGCUACCCAUACUGGCAUUGUGCAUGGCUUCUUGAAGUCGGAGUGUGAGGAACUUGCUGAGCAACUGCGAAAUGACUAUGGCUUAUCUGCCAAACAUUACCAUGCUGGUAUGGGCCCACAAGAGUGCAGCACCACUCAAGAUCCAUUAUCCACUCAACUUGAGGCUCAAGGCUUGAGGCGCAAGGUGCAGCAGCAUCCUGGAAAGCAGCUCAAAGUCCCUCCAGCAUUCACUACCUACAGCUGA